AUGGGUAAAGAUUUCACAAAUAAUAAAAGAACCUUUAGCAACACAACAUUUUCUUAAAAAUCAUAAUUUCCAGUAGAAAAAAAAACCAAGAAUUUUAAACCCAAAGACCGUGAAUGGAUACCUGAAAGUGAAGAUGAGUAGAAUAAACCCAAGAACACCUAAAAAAUAGAAGCUUAACACGAUAAAGGAAACAUGUAGAAAUACAUAAAAAAUAAAAAAACAAUAGACUUACUCAAUAAAAGAAACAUAACAUAUCUCUUUCCAAUCUAAGAACAUUGCUUUAAGGCUAUAUAAGCAGGAAAAGAUGUAAUAGGAAAAGACAGAACAGGAUCAGGAAAGACCUUAGGCUAUUCAUUGCCUUUAAUAGAAAAGCUAAGAGAAGAUGGCUUUUUUGGAGUAAUAAAGAGAAGAUAAAGCCCUUAUGUAUUAAUAUUAGUACCAACAAGAGAAUUAUGCAUAUAAGUAGCUAAUGAAAUAUCAUCUUUAAAACAUUCAGAUAACGAAUUCAGAGUUUUAUAAAUAUAUGGAGGGACUGAUAUUAGAGAAUAAACAAACUAGUUAAGGGAUGGAUGUGAAAUAGCUGUAGGAACCCCUGGUCGUAUAAUAGAUUAAUUCGAUAGAGGAAAUUUAAUACUUUCAAAUUUGAAAACUGUAAUUCUUGAUGAGGCUGAUUAAAUGUUAAAUUUUGGAUUUUAGGAUGACAUAGAAAAAAUAUUUAAAAAUAUUGUAGAAAGUAGAGAAAGUUUGGGACUACCAAGAACUUAAAACUUAUUAUUUUCUGCCACUGUACCAAGCUGGGUACAUGAAAUAAGUAGAAAAUACUUAUAGGAAUAAAAUAUUGUAAUGAUAGAUUUGGUAAGGAAUAAUGAUAAUAAAACAAGUUAAGGAGUAACUCAUUUAGCCAUAAAUUGCCCAUUUUAUUAACGUACAGAAGCUAUUGGAGACGUAAUUUUGUGUUAUGGAGGAGGAGCCCAUUCUCGAGUAAUUAUAUUUUGUGAAACAAAAAAUGAGGCUAAUGAAAUUAUGUUAAAAGCAAACAUAAAGCAAGAUUUAUAAGUACUUCAUGGUGAUAUACCAUAAAAAUAAAGAGAAAUAACUUUUUAAGGUUUUAGAGAAGGUAAAUUUAAAUGCUUAGUAGCUACAAAUGUAGCUUCAAGAGGUUUAGAUAUUCCCGAAGUAGAUUUAAUUGUCUAAUUAGAACCCCCAAAAGAGCUCGAUACAUACAUUCAUAGAGCCGGAAGAACUGGAAGAGCAGGCAAAACAGGAGUUUGUAUAACAUUCUUUACAAAAAAACAAGUAGGUUUAAUUGAAAGAAUAGAAAAAAAAUGUCAUAUAAAAAUGAAAAUAGUUGGUGCUCCGCAACCUGGAGAUAUAGUAAAAGCAUCCUAAACUGAUAUAAAAAAAAAUCUCAAAACUGUCAACUAGGAAGUUGUUUCCAUGUUCUAAUAAGUUAGUGAAGAUCUAAUUUAAGAAUUUGGACCCUAAGAGGCUCUUUCAAGGGCACUAGCAUAUAUUUCUGGAUAUAUAGAGGGUGUCAAAUAAAGAAGUUUAUUAUGUUGUUUAGAAGGAUAUUGUACUUAUAUUGUUAAAGCACCACAUGAAAUUAGAGGUUUAGGAUAUAUUUGGAAUUGGCUUAAAAGUAAUUUCGAUAUUGAAGUUGUUGAUAGAGUUAAAGGAAUGAAAAAAUGUGCGGAUUCUUUGGGAGCUGUAUUUGAUGUUGCAGAAUCAGAUAUAGUAAAAUUUGAAGAAUAUAUAUAAAAUAUUGCUGAUGGUGCAAAGAAAGGACUACUUUUAGAAAAAGCAACUGUCAUGCCUAAAUUAGAAGAUGAUAUGGCUUAAGGCUUUGGAAAUAACUCUAAUUAUAAUAAUGGUGGAAACAAUACCGGAUUUUAAGGAUUCUCAUAAAAUGGAAAUAUAAGAAUGGAUUAACAAACAAAAAAAGAGUUGGAAAUCUUUGUUGGAGGUUUACCUUUUGAUAUUUAAGAAAGAGAAGUAACAUAAUUCUUUAAUAAAAAUUUAGUUAGAUUUACUUAAUUAAGGCCACUUAAUGAUAAUGAAGGUAAUUUUAAAGGUAUAGUUUUUGCUAUAUGUGAAAAUAAAAAUUCAGUAUAAAAAGCACUUGCAUUAAACGGAGAAAAAUUAAAAGGUAGAUCUUUAAGAAUUAAUAUGGCUGCUAAAAAAUGA